CUUUUAAAUCAUUUUUUUCAGACUUUUAAAAAUAUUAGGAAUCAGCCGACAAAUAGCAAAGAAUCUGGAACCUAUAACCCUAAUUUUGAUUGAAGUAAAACUAAAGAACAGGACAAUUAAAACAAAAAACAGAACUUGAAAGGAAUAAAAAGAGCAGGAAAACAGGAAGAAAAAAAAGUGGAAGAACAGUUGAUAGACCAGUUACACCAACACCAUGGAAAGAUGAGAGCAGUUAACCUAAAGGAAAACCUCCGACAAAAUAUCAAAUAAAUAUAAAAAAUUAGAAGAACAAGGAUAAUUAGGUGAAAUUACUCUUAGAAAACCAGAUUUCCGAGACUAGAAUCAGACACAAAUCAGGAUGAACAGUGGGCAGGAACUGCAGGGCAUGUUCCAAGGCAUGAUCAGAAAUGCAGGUGUAGGAGGGGAAAGAUAUCAAAGAACUCCUAAAUGUGCUCGCUGUAGAAACCACGGUCUUGUCUCUGCUUUAAAGGGACAUAAACGCUACUGCAGAUGGAGGGACUGUAUGUGUGCUAAAUGUACAUUAAUAGCAGAACGACAAAGAGUAAUGGCCGCACAGGUCGCAUUAAGACGACAACAAGCCCAGGAGGAAGCUGAAGCUAGACAGCUUGGGAUAGAACUCCUUAAACCUGGAGAUAGAGCUGAACUUGUCCUUGGAGAUCAUAGGAAGGAGUUUAGUCCGGAGACAGAGGACAGAGAGAACAGGGAGGACAGGUUCAGUCAUAUAGAGGACGCGAGGAUUAGGAGACAAGUCGAGGAGGACAAAAUAGAUGAUCCGUCACCGUCAGUGUGUGGGACUGAAGAUCCAGCAGAGACGGACGAGGAUCAGAUUGAAUCCAACCCGGAGGAGAAGUUUAUUACUCCGGAGCAGAAAACUGAACCCGGAGUUUAUGACAAAGAGAUGGACACACUUCAAAAACUUUUCCCACAGAAACCUAAGGGACUGCUGCAUGAGGUUCUGAAGAACAACCUGGGGGACGCUAUAGCGAGUAUUCAGCAGAUACUCAACGAGAAGAUCGCCGCUAAUAGGAUAAACUUCAACAGGAUUACAACCCCCCCUCCUCCUUUAUCCCUUCCCCUGUUCAGUUCCUCCCUGCUGUCCCAUAGGACCUUCUGUCCCAUUACCACCAUGUCCCGCCCAGUCUCUAGGUUCACGCCAUACAACUACCCACACAGGUACUUCCCCGCCCUCUCACACUCCCCCUACCCCGCCUCCCUUCUACACUCCUUCCCACCACACUUUCCUAUGGGAUUGCCCCUGCCAGAACUGGAGAGAAGUGUGUCCCCCGGGCCCGCCUCUUCACCCUCUUCCUCUAUAACCCUGGAGAGGAACGAGUGCUACAGAGACCUAGAGAACUAGAAAUACGUCAUACUAAUCUAGGAGACAUCCUUUAGGACUCCAGGAGACCUCCUUUGGUACUCAAGGAGACAUCCUUUAUAUUGCUCUUGGAGACAUCCUUUUGUACUCACGGAUACAUCCUUCUUAUUACUCUGGAGACAUCCUUUAGUACUCCAGGAGACCUAUUUUAGUACUUUAGAAGACCUCCUUCAGUAAUUUAGGAGACCUCCUUUAGUAUUCAGGAAGACCACCUAGCACCUAAAAAGUUGGCGGUUUUUAAAAUCUACUAGUCUAAAACAAAUAAUGUAAAUUGUAAUUAAUGUUUGACAUAUGUUUAUUAAGUUUUUAAACAUUUAAAUUCAUUUUGUACAUAAAUACUUCCUAAAUGUACACUGUACAAUGUAAAUUACUCAUGUACAUACUGUGUAAAUGUUUAAGAUUUGAACCGAAACGUUGAAAACUUACAAGUUGAAAACAGUUUUAUAGGAAAAGAAAGAAAAUUGAUGUACCGUGUAAUAUGACUCUAACUAAAAAAGAGAAACCCCAAAAAUGUUACGUCUGAACCCUCCCCUCUCUUUCUACAGACAAAAAUCAAAUUAGAAAAAUACUUUUUUUUAUAUUUAUCUUUUUAAAUUGUGUAAAUGCUUCUCUUUAAACUAGUCAAUGUAAUGUAAACACAAUAAAUAUGUAUUUUUUUGAUUGAUGAAAUUGAAAAUUAAAUUUUGAAUUUUUCAAUAAUUUUUUUUACAUAAAACAAGGGCCCUGCAGUUACUUGGUGGAACAACACUGCUUGAGAAGCACUAGGUUUGUUUACCUUUCUCCAACAAACUGUAGUACACGUUUUAUGUAAACAAAGAUAUAGGACUUCCUGGAAUAUUUUCCAUCAUGCCUAUUUAUAUACGUUCAUUACUAAAAAAAAUUAUUUAGGCAUAAACCUAAACAUUUAAAAUAUCACAAAUUGUC